UCUAAACCUGUCUGCGCUGUGUUUGUAUGCGUGUAACAGUUAACAAACUUUCAUCACAAGGCAGUUAUCAGAGAUAUGUGACAUUAAAAAAAUAAUAGUGUUGUGGCGGCCUUCGUGAAUAACUGGCUUACAUGUGUUUACAUAUAUAUUAGACUAACCAAAAAUUUAGUCUUCAACAUCUGCCAAAACCCCUAGAAGACUCUUUGGGAUUCUAGACAUGAGAGGUCCACUUUGGUUGCAGAUGUUGACAUGCUUGUCUUCAACUGUUUUAUGUAACAGCAGACGAACAGAGUCCCUGACCAACUGCCAUGCUGUCAAACAGCACGAGUACAGCCUACAGGAAGGCGAGAUGCUGCUGUUGAACACAGAAAACUGGACGGCGACACACCUCGGCGCGCGCGCCUGCACCCUCCACGUCACUUCCGCCGCGCGCACGAUUCUCGCUCUCGCCAUCUUGAAUUGGCCACACGGCAACAGCUCGUGCGAAGGGGAUUACCUGCACGUGGGCAAUGACGUCAACCUGAUCGAUGUAGAGUCGAUGACGUCACAAAAGUUCUGCCGUGGGCUGGAGGUCAGGCAGGAGAUCUUCUCCCUUAGGAACUACCUGUGGAUUGUCUUCAGGACGUCCAGCGAGCCCAAAGAUCUGCACAUUGAAAUUCAGGCAAGGCGCCAAGUCUCAUGUAAAAGGACACAAUUCCAAUGUUCCCCCGUCCAGUGUGUGAACAGAACUCGUGUUUGUGAUUCUGUCAAACACUGCAGGAAUGGCAACGAUGAGUUUUGUUAUAGAACAGGUCAAAUCCCCCGACCCGACCAGCCGCCGUGUUUUCGCUGUGGGGACAGCACCUGUGUUCUACCUGCCCCACCCCGUCAUGACGUCACGAGCCACCUGUGGUUCCUGUGUGACGGGUACCCCCACUGUCCCGACGGCUGGGACGAGAAACAGGAGAGCUGCAUGCCGGUCCAGAAUUUGAACGAUGUCACGGUGACCUGCGUGCCCUCUGACCUCCAGUUCGGGUACAACGGAAGUGUGGUCAUGUGGGCAGACGUCGCGUGCAACGGUGUUGCGGACUGCUACGCUGGUGAGGACGAGGCUGCUUGUCAAAAAGGUCCUAAAGCCUUCCACGGUCUAGACCUGGACAAGGACAAGUUCGUCACGGUGCUAGUGGUGGCAGUGGUGGUCAUCCUGUGUCCACUCGUGUUCAUCGUCUACAGAUUAAGUAUUCAUAAAAGGGAUGAUGCCCAGCACAGACCUUCUACCACCUCGACCACCUGCACACAGAGUUCAGUGCUGGAGACAGACUACACCGACACGACCCAGCAAGCUGAGUAUGAGAGCUACGAGCUGAAAGGUGGAGGACCAUCUAGAGUAUCAGAGGCUUCAACAGACUGCGACCAGACCGUGGUGUAAGCAGUUUACUGGGGCUCUAAUGAUAGGACUUGUGAAUGCCUGAAGAGUUGCCUAUACAACUUUUGAAUGCUUGACAGUCGCUUAUACAACUUAAAAAUACCAGAGAGUUUGUCUAUACAACGAUUGAAUACUAGAGUUGCCUAUACAGCUUUUGAAUACUUGACAGUUGCCUAUACAAUUUGUGAAUACAUAGUUGCCUAUACAACGUUUGAAUACUUGAACAUGGCCUAUACAACUUUUGAAUACUUGAACAUUACCUAUACAACUUUUGAAUACUUGAACUUCGCCUAUACAACUUUUCAAUACACGACAGCUGGUCUAUACAACUUCUUAAUACCUGGAGAUUGCCUUUACAACUUUUUGAUACUGGAUGGUGCCUAUACAACUUUUGAAUAUUUGAGUAACUGAUAUAACUAUUGAAUACGUGACUGUUGCGUAUACAACUUUUGAAUACCUUAAUACCACUACAACUUUAUAAUACAUGAGUUGCCUAUACAACUUAUGUAUACUUAAGUUACUUUACAACUUGGGAAUACCUGAAAACUGCUUGUACAAGUUU